UUUAAAACAGAGCGGACUGACGAGCCAGCUACCACACGGUGUGUGCCAGGAGAUAUGCACGCGGUGGAAUUCGAAACUCGCCAUGAUCAAGUCCGUGCUAACUCAGUACGAUGCGAUAGAGAACCUCCUGAAUUCAAGGGGUAAUCUACUCUUGGAAGACGUCAAUAAGGCCUUGUUGACGGAGGUCGUCGAAUUCUUGGAGCCCUUCAAGGAGGCCAGCGAUAAGCUUGAGCAGGACAAAGUCGUAACGCUGCCCCUUGUAUUGAUGUACUACACCAAACUGAAGAAGCACCUUACUGCUGCUUCGACAGACUCACCAGAAGUGUGCAAGCUCAAGUCGAGGACGUUAGAAUUUCUUCAAACAAAAAUGCAAAUAGGAGAACUUCACAAAAUCGCAACGUUCUUGUGGCCGCCUUUCCGCCAUCUCCGCGUGCUUGAGGAGCAGGAGAGGAAAACUGUUCACGACAGAGUACGCGAAUUGUUAAUUGAUGUACAUCUGCGUUUUCCACAAAGACAAACGAGCACUGACCAGCCGGAUAAUGGACCCCCAGCGAAGCGUACGUUCCUUGACGAAUUUAAGGAGUGGCACGAUGCUGUGGAAACUCAGCCAGCCGACAGUGAGCUUGACAGUUACCUUCGGGACAGUGACUCGUGUGAGGACAUUGAGAAACUGCUUGAAUGGUGGGAAGGCCAGUGUAGUAAAUACCGUGGGCUUUCAUUUCUUGCAAGAAAAGUACUUUGCAUCCCAUCGACGAGCGCCAGUAGCGAACGCAAUUUUAGUGCAGCUGGGUACGUACUCCAAGAGAGGAGGACCUGCUUGAAGCCGGAGAGCCUGGACAACCUGCUGUUUUUGCACAAGAACAUGUAAAUUUCUUCCUUUUGCUGGCCUUUUCAGGC